UUUAUACUGUAAAUUCUUGGAGUAUAUAGUUGCGGAUUGACCAAUGGUCAAGAUUUAAGUAAAUUGACUUGUACUUGAUUGUUUUUGCAUUUAUUACAAAAUGUUGAACACGCGUAAAAGCGCGCCUAAUAUUUUAAUAACAGGUACUCCUGGUGUAGGCAAGAGUCUCAUGUCGCGCAUGUUGUCUGAAAAAACUGGUCUAGAAUGGCUUGACGUUAGUAAGCUAGCUAUAGAAAAUAGAUGUUUGGAUGAAUACGAUGAAGUGUAUCAAUGUAGCGUGCUAGAUGAAGACAAGCUACUGGACGGAAUGGAAAAUAUGAUGAGCAAAGGAGGGAAAAUAGUGGAUUAUCAUAGCGCAGACUUCUUUCCCGAAAGAUGGUUUGAUAUUGUAUUUGUACUUAGAACAGAUAAUACUAUUUUGUAUGAUCGUCUCAAGGAAAGAGGUUACUGUGGAAAGAAAUUAGAGGACAAUAUAGAUUGUGAAAUUUUUCAAACUAUUCUUGAGGAAGCAAGAGAAUCUUACAGAAAGGAAAUAGUGCACGAGCUAAAGAGCAAUACUUUAGAUCAGUUGUCAGAUAAUGUACAUAAAAUAUGUCAGUGGCUGGAACAAUGGAAGAUGGAUAAUCAGCAAACAUGAGAAAACACACAUCAGCUGGCAGCUUCUUCGGGCUCUUAUUCCAAAAGUGACAGUUUUAUAACACGCCAAGAGAUGUUUUACAAUGAAAUGCUCAAUUUGCUACAAAAGAAGGCUCGAAAUAUUUCCAUUUAUUUAAAAAAUUAUCAUUGCAACGAUAACAG